ACCCCGCCCUCAGUGAGACGCCGCGGCCCUACGGGCGGGGGCUCCGGUCCGGGCUUUGGCUGCGGCCCCGGUGUAGUAGCGGGGGCGGCGGCCGGGGGCAGCGCGGCUCCUUCCCUUGUUGUGUGUGUCGGUGCCUCCUCGCCAUCUUGUUGCAAAGCCCUUUCUUGUCGGCGGGACUCCGGGGGCCGCGGGGCGGGAGGCAUCGGAAGAGAGGAAGAGGAAGAAGGAAGGAAGAAGGCAGUGCCGCCUUUUUUGUUUUUUGCAUCAAAAUUGUUUUAAUUUGCAAAUUCCUAUUUUGCAAAUAUUUUGGAAGGCAUUGAUUUUUCUCCCCGUGCUCCCCCGUUCUUUUCUGAGGAGUGCGCUGCGCCGCCCAGCCCUGUCGCCCCCCGGAGGUGAUCCCUCCCUCCUGCCGGCCCGCCAGCCUGACCUGUGCUUGGCUCGCGGGCCGCAGCCUCGGCCCCGGCGCGCCCCCGGCUGCUCUCGGCGCGAUGAGCAUAGAGACGCUACUGGAGGCGGCCCGCUUCCUGGAAUGGCAAGCGCAGCAACAACAGAGAGCACGUGAGGAGCAGGAGCGCCUUCGCCUGGAGCGGGAACGGGAGAGAGAGCAGGAGCAGAAGAGGGCAAGUAGCCUGGCCAGGUUGGCCCAUGCCCUGCCUGUGGAGGAACCCCGCAUCGAGGCUCCCCCACUACCCCUGUCGCCACCGGCACCACCGCCCGCCCCGCCGCCGCCGCUGCCCGCCCCUGCUCCGCUCACCGUCAUUCCUAUUCCUGUAGUGACCAACUCCCCACAGUCCCUGCCCCCGCCGCCGCCUCUGCCCCCGGCGGCCCAGCCUCUGCCCCUGGCACCUCGUCAGCCAGCCCUGGUCAGCACCCCUGGACUCAGCGUUAAGGAGCCAGCCCCCCUGCCCACCAGACCGCAGGUGCCCGCCCCUGCCCCCCUACUGCCUGAUCCGAAGACCACCACCGUCGCACCGACCGGCAGCCCCAAGCCUUUGCAGCCCCUCCCUACGCCCAUCCUGACCAUUGCGCCACACCCUGGAGUCCAGCCUCAGCUGGCUCCCCAGCAGCCGCCCCCGCCCACGCUUGGGACCCUGAAGUUGGCGCCAGCUGAAGAAGCCAAGUCCAGCGAACAAAAGAAGCGGCCUGGGGGGAUCGGAACCAGAGAAGUCCACAACAAAUUGGAGAAAAACAGGAGGGCCCAUCUGAAGGAAUGCUUCGAGACCCUGAAGCGCAACAUCCCCAACGUGGACGACAAGAAGACGUCGAAUCUGAGCGUGCUGCGGACGGCGCUGCGGUACAUCCAGUCCCUGAAGAGGAAGGAGAAAGAAUAUGAGCAUGAGAUGGAGCGGCUGGCACGGGAGAAGAUUGCCACGCAGCAGCGCCUGGCAGAGCUCAAGCAUGAGCUGAGCCAGUGGAUGGAUGUACUGGAGAUUGACCGUGUGCUCCGGCAGACAGGCCAGCCUGAGGAUGACCAAGCCUCCACCUCCACAGCCUCUGAGGGCGAGGACAACAUAGACGAGGAUAUAGAGGAAGACCGGGCAGGCCCACCCAAGCUGAACCAUCGACCCCAGCUGGAGCUGCUGAAAUCCACCCUGCCAACCCCCAGCCCCGCCUCUGCGCCUCUGCCUCCUCCCCCGCACCCCCAUCCCCACCCCGUGGCCCUGUCUCCUGCCCACCUCCCUCAGCCGCAGCAGCCGCCACCACAGCAGAAAACCCCUCUGCCAGCCCCUCCUCCCCCUCCAGCCACCCCGACCCAGACGCUAGUGCCCGCUCCAGCCCAUCUUGUGGCCACGGCUGGAGGAGGCUCCACAGUUAUCGCCCAUACAGCCACCACCCACGCCUCAGUCAUCCAGACUGUGAACCACGUUCUGCAGGGCCCGGGGGGCAAGCACAUCGCCCACAUUGCCCCCUCCGCCCCCAGCCCUGCUGUGCAGCUGGCACCUGCCACACCCCCCAUUGGCCACAUCACAGUGCACCCGGCCACCCUCAACCAUGUGGCCCACCUCGGCUCCCAGCUGCCCUUGUACCCACAGCCUGUGGCGGUGAGCCAGCCUGUGGCGGUGAGCCACAUCGCCCACACCCUUUCGCACCAGCAAGUGAAUGGCACAGCCGGGCUGGGCCCUCCGGCCACUGUCAUGGCCAAGCCAGCCGUGGGGGCCCAGGUGGUACACCACCCCCAGCUGGUGGGCCAGACAGUGCUCAACCCUGUGACUAUGGUCACUAUGCCCUCCUUUCCUGUCAGCACACUCAAGCUGGCUUGAGGAUGAGGACCCUUAGGCCCCCAGUGGGGGCAUGGAAGGGGGACCUGACUGCCCCUCUCCCACCCACCAGCUCCACACAUUCCAGCCAGGCCCGCCCCACCCACACCACCCCCAGGCCUCCUAGGGGAAGGGGGUGCAGAGACUCUGAGCCAGGGGAGGGGCCCUCCAGGGAGUUGGGUGCAGGCAGGAAGUUGUCCUGCCGCACUAGGACUCGGUAGACAUGAGGACGACGCUUUGGUGGACGUACUUGCCUGCCCAGCCUGGUGCCAGCCCUGGUGCCACUCCUGCCUCCCGACCUUGUCCACCCCGAAGUCUGCGCUGUGGCUGUGUUCUCUGGCUUCUCCUUCCCCGGUCUGCCUUCCUGUGCUGCUGCUGCUAUUGUCUGGUGAGGUGGCUGAGCUUCCCGGCCUCCCUCCCCAGCCUCAGAGUCCUCUGGGACUUCUGUGUAGGAAACAGAGCCCCAGAGAAGUGAGGACUGGGUGGAGAGGGGCCCAGCUCUGAGGACAGCUGACAGAUCCCAAGAUCUGGAGUCAGGCUAAGACAGGUGAAUACCUGGGCCUGGGGCUCUCCGAUCCACCUGGAGUCACUGUGAUUGGUCACAGUAGAAACUGUUUAAAAUGAGUCUCAACCAACAAUAAACAAAAUGUAGGCUGUUGCCAAGUUUUCCACACCUGCCCCUGGGCUUCUGACCUCUCAAGAUCAGGCUGAGCUUCAGGCUGGGGAGGUGGGUCUGGCAGUCUUGCCUCCCACCUGCGAGGCCUGGGAAGUUCCAUCCUUGGACCUGGCACUCACUGUCCUGGUUCCUUGCUCUGCCCAGUGCUUCCCCAGGCCUCUGGGUUUCGGUACUGCCUUCAGCUUGGGAAGCAGGGACCAGCCAUGGUUCUGGGAACUAAGCCGCAUUGCUGAGGUAUCAGCGAGCUGAAAUCCUGGGGCUUUUCCCAUCUCCCGCUUUGAGUGGCAAUUUUGAGGCCCCUUCCUGGUGGGUGCUGCACUGUCCACUGUGGAAAGGGCCUUUGCUGGGCUAAGACAAGGCUCGUCAGGACUGGGAAGAGUGAGGGGUCCUGGGCUUAGGGAUGCUGUGUCUCCUGCCUCUGCGCUCGCAGGCCGCUUCGGCUUCUCUUUUUAAGUGGAUAUUUAUUCUAAGUGGCCUUGUGUCAGACACUCAGUUACACGUGUGCACAUUCAGCUCCCCACUGGACACUCACCAAUGGCCUUUCGGUGUGGGGCAGGAAGCAGGCGUCCCUAGGUGUGAAACUUGCACUGGGGUAAGUUGAGGGGCCAGAAGGAGGGCUCAGGGUCCUUCAGAUGACAUGUGAGCAGGGCACUGAGGCCAGUGAAGGUCUUGAAUACAUUCUCCCUUGAAAUAGUGACUUCCUCAGAUGCUUAAGAACUCACAGGUCCUUCUGGCCCUGGAGACUUCCAGGGCACUUGAUUAUGUCUCCUGGGGUAGGGAAUGGUGGCUAGGACCAGGUCCCUAUCCCAGCGCAGAAAUCCUAACCCCACAAGCUGGCUGCCUUGCUGUGGCUGCAGCCACCCCUCCCCACACCCUGCCUCCGGGGGCCACCUCCACUCUGCUCCGUGUUGUGAGAGCAGGGUCUGGUGCUGGCACAGUCAGAGCACGUGAUGAUCUGCCCCCACCCCUUUUGCCCCUCUCUGUGUCUCGAGGCCAGUUCCAGAGCUCACACCAUCCAUCGUGUUGGCCUGCAGGCCUGCACAGAUACCUCAUCAUCCACCCCCUCCCCCCACCAGGGGUUCCUCCAGACCUAGUGCCGAAUGACGAUGUCCAGAUUGGUGAUGAUGGGUGUUGUUGCUGUUUUUGUUGUUUGUGACUGCUGUGUGCCCAAGUGGGCAGCCACCUCCCAGCCCUUUCUUGGGCAUCUCCCCUUUGAGAGCUGUUAGGACCACAUCUGUCCUCACCCUGUGGGACCGCCUGGCCCUUCCCUUCCUAUCCCUUCCAGCCUGGGACACACACACACAUACACACACACACCUUACCUCUCAUGCGUGUUUUACCUGUGCUGAUUGGAGUGGCUCACUGCCUGGGAUCUUUACCUCGGGGAGGAAAAGGGGGGAGUGGUUCCCUGGGGGCCAAAGAAGGGCAGAGAAUGCCUGGAGGGUAGCUGGGUCACCAUAGCCUCUCUCUAGGAACAGCUGCUUCUCCCCCAAUCCCAGGGUCCCACUCCCAGUCCCCAAAGAGGUGGCCCUUGUUUACAGUGAGGACUCGGUCACUGUGUCUCUGUUUCCUGAAAUAUGAAUUGUAGCGACCCCAGACUGUAGAGAUUUUUAUGUGUUUGGGUACAUCUGCUGUGUGGGAAAAAAAAAAAAAACUACAAAAACCCUAAUUUUGUACAUAUUGUAUUUUUACUAUUGAACUGUAUUCUAGUGGCUGUUCAUGCUCUGAGACUUUAGGUAUUGAGACAUGAAUACUAUCCAUGUAAUAAGCACUUGCCUGGAAUAAAAUAUAAAACUGAAAUAAAUCUGCACUGAAACCUGA